AUGUUGGCUGAAGCCCAAAAUCUUGGUAAAAAACUCAAUUAUCGUCUCGUUUUACCGCCAUGGCAUCGAUUGUAUCACUGGAAGUCUGAGACUUCUGCAAGCACACCACUUCCAUGGAGCAUGUUUUUUGAUAUUGAUUCUCUGAAAUCUUAUGCUCCGGUUAUGGAGCUUCACGAAGUAUUUUCCAAAACGACGGACGAGUUGCUAGAAAUCGAUCGUCUUUACGUUUUGCAUAACUUCAAGGAUGCUUUCGAAAAUGGUGUGUUCAAUGAAAAAUGGGAGGUUAUAGAAGAUUGUAAUUAUGUUGAUCGGUUUUGGGGUUACAGAAAUGUCACUGCGAAAGCGAUAGUUUGUGUAAAUUUUCAAGGGAAAAUAUCAAAGCUAUGGGAGUUGGUAGCUCUACAUCCAUUGGAUAGAAGUGUCAUGUUUUCACAUGGUGAAAUACCACUACAUGACUCUUACGGCACAAAGUCGUACUGGGACUGCAGAAAAAGUAUGAAGUUUAGUAAGGAUUUAGUUAGUACUGCUAGAAAUUUUACAUCAAAAUUCUUAAGCUGUAAGACAGAGAUGUGUACAACUUACAUAAGUAUACACUGGAGAAGGCAAGAUUUUGCCAGUAGCAGAAGAAGGGAUAUCCCAUCACUACAAGGCACAAUCAAACAAAUACAUAAAGCUAUAGAAGACUAUGUCCCAAAUGUAAAAAAAGUAUUUAUUGCAUCUGAUGCAUCCACUAAUGAAAUUAAGGAGUUGGAAAAGGGACUCCAAGGUUUAGGAUAUAAAGUAUAUUUUUAUUUACCUAGUAAAUCAGACUUGGUUCGCUAUAAAGAUGGUGGCGUAGCAAUUAUUGAUCAAAUAAUAUGCUCACAUGCGGCUUACUUUAUAGGCACACAUGAGAGCACUUUCACUUUCAGGAUACAAGAAGAACGGGAAAUACUCGGCUUCAACAGCAGCACAACAUUUAACAGGCUGUGUCCUGAUACUGGAAAAUGUGAGAAACCUUCAAAAUGGACAAUAGUCAACUGA